UCUUCUUUCUCUUCCAUUUUUCCAAUCCAAUCGGUCUCAAGUACAGAUCUGAUCAAUUUCUCAUCAAUCAUUUAGCGAUCAAAAGGAAAUGAAGAAUAGUAAAUGUAACCUCAUAGAUUCAAAGCUCGAAGAACAUCAUCAUCUUUGCGGAUCAAAACAUUGUCCUGGAUGUGGUCGCAUGAUUCAAGCUGCUACUAAACCAAAUUGGGUUGGAUUGCCGGCUGGAGUGAAAUUCGAUCCGACAGAUCAAGAACUUAUAGAACAUUUAGAAGCAAAAGUGAAGGGAAAAGAAGAAAAUAAGAAAUGGUCAUCGUCUCAUCCACUUAUAGAUGAAUUUAUUCCCACCAUUGAUGGAGAAGAUGGGAUAUGUUACACUCAUCCUCAGAAGCUUCCAGGGGUGACAAGAGAUGGCUUGAGCAAACACUUCUUCCACAAACCAUCAAGAGCUUACACAACCGGGACAAGAAAACGACGUAAAAUAAUCCAAACGGAUCACGACUCCGAGUUAACCGGAUCAUCAGAAACCAGGUGGCACAAAACGGGCAAAACAAGACCGGUUAUGAUCAAUGGUCAACAAAGAGGAUGCAAGAAGAUAUUGGUACUCUACACAAACUUCGGCAAGAAUCGACGACCAGAGAAAACAAAUUGGGUGAUGCAUCAAUAUCAUUUGGGGAUUAGUGAGGAAGAGAGAGAAGGAGAGCUCGUGGUCUCUAAGAUCUUUUAUCAGACACAACCUAGACAGUGUGUUAGUAAUAUUCAUUGGUCUGAUCAUCAUGGUUCCAAGGACAUUAUUGGAAUUGAUGUCGGAGAUGAGAUUUCCGGCGUAGCUGCCACGUUGCAGAGUCUUGGCUCCGGUGACGUCGUUUCUAGGGCUAAUAUGAAUCCCUAUACAAGAGGCUUUGAUGAGCAGCAGCAAUUGAGGGGUCGGUCGUCUGGUUCGGGAUUAGAAGACCUAAUUAUGGGUUGUACCACAGCUACUUGCAUAGAAGACGAGCAUUCAUCAGAAGCAAACCCACAGCAAAAUGCAGAGUGGUUAACGUUUCCACCUUUCUGGUAGGACCAAAAAAUCAAAUUAUAUACAUCAUUAAAAAAAUUUGUAUUCU